GCCAUGCAGAAAGGAGUGGGUGCCAAGAUCAGGCAACUCAUGCAACUUCUGAACAACAUGGAGGGCAAGGUUCAUGAAAGCAUCAGAGACCUUGUGGAUAUGUUGAGGGCGGUUGUUGUGUCAUUUCAUGAUGACGACAUGGACGAAAGUAGGCCGGAUGAAGUUGACCAAUGGACGCAGGCAUGGAUGUGGCGUAUUGAGGUGUGGCUCGACAUGGAGACCUCCAAGCUCAGCAACGUGGUGACCAUAGAAGACUCUGCGAAUGCCACGAUUGAAGAGGGUGCCACAAAAGAAUCGGCUUUCGUGGAAAUGGUGGUGGAACUACAAAGGCGAUUGAUGGCCGUCGCCAUUGAGGAGGAGAAACUUCGACUGGCAAAAUCGGUUGACCCCGUCAUGAUAGCCAAUGCGGAGCCUCAACUACCGGGCUACGCUGGUGAUGGGUCUGAAAGUGGAGGACCUGAACGUUGUGGACCCAACCAUGGGACAAUGCCAGUGGACCUGCGCAGCCGAGUGCACAAGUACCAGUACCCGCUUCUGGACGUCCAGCUGAUGGACAUGUACGAGGAGAUGCCAGGUAUGGUGGUGAGUCUGCAAGUGGAGGACCUGAACGCUGUGGACCCAACCAUGGGACAAUGCCUGGCUCCAGUGGACAUGCACAGCCGCGUGCACACGUACCAGUACCAGCUUCUGGAGUACCGGAACCAGCUAACGGAGAUCUAA